CGGCAAAACCGCUCCGUGGUUGACGUUUUUAUUUUUUUAUACACGAGUUUAAAAAAAUGGCGGGCAGUGGUAGUCAUUGAAAUGUUUUUAUUUUGAUAUUUUCGUGUUUAUUUCUUGAUUUCUAUCCAAGUGUUGUGUGUUAAAAUUAAAAGAAAUUAACAAAAAUGAUUAUGGAACGGUGUGUGUGUUUCUUCCUACUUUCUUUAGUAUCCCAGUCAUUCGCUUCAGUGAUUAUUCCUGAAGAGCUGCCAUCUUUACUUUCAGUGGCGUACUCAAAUAUACCGCCUAUUAAAAAAGGGACGGACUCUCGUGUUGGUUUCGGCUUCGCAUUUGGCAACCAUGCUGACUUCCAAGUCAUGUUUGAGUUGGGACCUCAAACAAAUACACAGGCUCUAACCCUCGCGAAGGACACACCGGGCGUAGGGGAUCGCGGGACGAUCUCCGGCUACCGUAAGCGCGGGCCGGAGGACGGCGAGCAUGGGUGGCUCCCCUACCACUCAGACGCGAGCAAAUACCUCCAAAAUUGGGCGCAGAAGAUGAAGUACCCCCAAAAGCAAACUCAAAAUGUUCAGAAACCCGGCGAUGUGCCCAACUUAGAAGACUCCAUGGUGGAACUCAUUAAGAAUGAGAAGGGAGAAUAUGAAAUACAUCAACCGAAGCCUGGGAACUUGCCACAGAACAUUCUAGAAGAUCUAAAGAAGCUGUACAAGCUUAAAAGCGAGGCCGCGAAAAAGAUGGGUGGCACAAAACGAAGCGAGGAGGAAGUUAAAAAGAUAACAGAAGACUUGUCCAAUGUGGAUCUUGAUUGAGUCUUUUUUGUAUAUUUUUGUAUUUAAGUAGUUAUGUAAUAAAUGGGGCUUUCUGUA